GGAAGCAAGUGAGUAAUAAUAAUAAUUAUUUGCUUACCCGGCCAUGAUCAUAAAUUAUAAACCUAAAUAUUUACAACUAAAAAUAGUUUCUAAACUAGUAACAAAUGAUUAACACUAUGAGCUGGAGUUAAAUGUACUCAACAGCGAUAAAUUGGAUUAAUUGAAAGCAAUUUGAUUAAUUUUUUGGAAUUUUUCGAGAGGAGAGCAAGUUUUUGGAAACUGAGAUUUCUGCAUGAAUGCUGAAGAUUGCUUGUCUGAUGUCUUUGUCAGUGACGUUGGAAUCAUCAUCAUCAUCACUGCCCACCACCACCGCCCCGCGAGAAUCUCAUCCAGUUGAGCAGAGCAAAAAAACACGAGUCAACAAAAUCCGCUCUCAAAUAUAAUAAGUUAUUAUACAAAAUUAAAAAAUGAAUAGUCGUUGUAGUGAACGUGUGGAUUUUAGUGACCAGUUUCCUUGCGAAAUUUGGGAAGUUGUACAAAAGUGGAUCGCAAGGCCCAAGGAGGAGGAGCUGCUUUAUUUUGUAGGCGUCGUAGGGCGUGACGUAGCCAUCACGGGUUUAGAACGCCAGGAACUGGAAACUCGUGGUGUUAAACUAAGCAAGUUUUUAAUAAAUGAGAUUUUUCGUCGAUUGGGGAAGUCGCAUGUGUCAAGCGGAGACAUAAUUCUGAUGAAAAGAGAAGGAGACAGGCUGGGAUUGAUGGAGAAAGAAAUUGAUUUUGUCUUUGACAACGUAAAAAGCGAGAACGAAAAGGUGGACAUGAAAAUCAUGCGCCAGGAGCUGGAGGAGGCAAUUAAAUGUGGAGAAUUUCGUCCUGUGACCAAUCCGCCAUCAAUAAUCAGCUGGAUAAGAUGCAUUUCCUCCUCGUUGUUGAUCCAGUUUGUCUCCAAUUUUCUCACAAACCAUCGUCGGCAACUUUUUGGUUUCUUAGUUUGAGUGGAGAAAUAGUUUCUUUUCACUAGAAGAGAUUCUUAUUCUCCUACUUAUACCAGAUACCGCUCUCAACAACGCCACACUUGUCGAAACCAGCCACCACAGGAGAAAGCUUUCCCAGUAUGAGUAAAGUUAUCACAAAUGUGUAAGUCAGCUUCUGGUUCUCUUAAUAAUCAUGAUUAAUUUUUUGUUUAUUUACAAGCAAUAUAUUAUUAUGUUAUGUAAACGUGACAAAACUAAAAAAAAAAUAUCAAACUUAAUAAAAAGAAGAUGCAAGAAUAACAACACUAAUUUUGAUAUCGGAUGAAUGACCCAGAGUUUUUUUUCAACCUGACGGUCCAGUAACGUAGAGAUUGUUACCAGCAUUGAUUAUCAUCAUCAUGGGUGUGUAUGUAUUUGUACUGCGUUUGUUUCCGGUCCCAUAGGUUCCGCUCUGUCAUUGCUUCCACAAAAUACAUAGCGAUGUGAAGUACCAAUUCUUCUCUCAGCUAUUUGUUAUUUGCACAUGAGGAUUUAUGUAUAAAGUAGCUCAGCCAUAAUUUGAACAGUAUCCAUUUCAACCCCGACGGAGGAGAGAAAGCAUUCCUCGAGACAAUGAACGCUUAGCAGGGUGGGGGUGGGUUGUGGCUAGAUAAAAAAUUGAAAAUGCCACUAUUAUCACGUAGCACAAUAAUAAUAUACAACUUAUAUUUGGAGUUGCUGUGACCAUUACUUGAGACUGUUCCAAUUAGAGUAUGGCUUGUACGUAUAUAUGUACAUACAGAAAAGUUUUAGAUUAGAGUAACGAAUAAGUUCCGAGGGAUAUCGAAACUCUAAUAAAUACCUACCUUCCCAUGGGAGGUACUUGUCUGGCAUGAAGGCAUUCCCCAGUAUUGAAAUCUCUUCGAUCUGUUCCCCCAGGACAGUGGACAGGGACGCACCUUUGACCUACAUUUAACAUUACAUCAUUAUAAAAAAUAUCAUCAUGUUUUUAGUCACGGCGAAUGUGUGGUCGGAUCGUGCCUCUGUGAUGCCACCCUUUGCCGGGUGCACAGGUGACCAAGAUAAUUUGACACUUUAUCAGUCUUUAUCUUUUUAAGGGAGAAGCGUUACCUAGAUACUUAAAGUCAAGCAAUCGUGGGUGAGGCCGUUACUGGGUUUAUAUAUGGUUAUAAUAUGGUUUACGCCAAAAUAAAGAUGAUUUUGACUUUUUAAGAACUUUGGAUUUUUUUGUUGGCUCAAAUUAGAAAUCUUACAAAAGCUGUAAAUUAUUGACAACAUUUGAAAAAAUUGGCAUUUCAAAAUUAUUCCCAGUGUACAAAAUAUUCCUGGUAGGAUGGCUGCAAAAAAGAGCAACGUUAAGACCGUCGCAGCUUCCACCCCUCAGUCUGCUGUCCAUUCACUGGAAGAAUUAAUGGCGACGGAACUGGGACUUGACCCAAGUAUCUUGAACAAAGAUCACGGCGGGGGCAAACAUUUUAACAUUGAAAAGUUGUUAAGAAAUGGGAAAGGGACAACUCCAGGGGAAAGAAAACGAGAAUUAGCUUAUGAGGAAGACAUCAUAGCAGCAGCGUACAUGAGAAAUUUAACUCAUAAAUAUGGCAAUAAAGGAAAAUCUGCGAAACAGUAUUUUAUGGAAGCGUACGAUGACGACACCCGAGCAGGACUGGGGCGAGUGGACGAGGAAAAAAUUCACCACUAUGACGCCAGGGGCAGAGAAAUACUACAUCCGAAUGUCAAUAAAGCUGUCGAGCCACCUGCAGCAAUUGGCCCCAUGACAAAUGGCCGUCCUCUUCGGAACGACCCGCCUUGUUCUCCCAUAGUGUUUAAAAGCGCUGACGAAUUGUUGGGAGAUGAUGAUGAGCAGCAAAUGCAGAAAAAUAAAUCUGCUGAUAAGGAACCCUCCGAAGUAAAUUUUUGGGCUUCGUUGGACAACCUUGAAAAAGAAGCUGGUGGCUUAUCGGAGUCUGAGCUUAGUUGGUGCCCUAGCACGGCCGACCCCCCUCACAUCGAGGAGCUCCUCUCAAGGAAAAAAUUUGCUGAGGAUAAACCGGAGGAUUCUAGUUGGUUUUCUAGCUGGGGUGAAUCAAAGUACACUUUGAAAGAAGCUGAUCUGGACAAGUAUUUGCUCCCUGUGCAAGAAGUUGUUAAAUCUGCUUCUGUAAAAUUAGCCUGGGUUCAAGUUGUUCAACAUUUAGAACAUUUCAAUGUAAAAGAUCCCAUAGCGUACGAGAUGUAUGGAAAUGCUUACGAAGAAACGCGAGAUUUCAUAAAACUACCAGAAGACGAUGUAGAAGAAUUCGAAGGCGGAAACUGGGAACCAAUUCCCAUAAAGGACGAUGAUAUUUUCGAAAUGGAACCUCCUGAAAAGUUAUUUGGCCGUUAUUGUGUCUACCAGAAUGCUUUACUCCACAUGAUUGAGCACUUUGAGACGCUCCGACCACUCCUUUCCGAAAUCAAACAGUCCUACACAGAAGUGCUGGACAAAUGUGAGAAGGAAUGGAAGGAUUUGGACAAAUUGCGACUGGAACAAUUACGACUAAAAGAAGUGUAUGCUGAAUAUGUCCGUAAACGAGACAGGGAUGGUGAUCGAGCCUUGAUGGAGGUCAAAUUACAGUCCCAUGCUUUACAAGAGCAUCUUCAAUGGCAACAACACACCCUGCACACGAUUCUGGGCGUCUUGUCAAAAAUGCGUCACUCCCUCAAGAUGCAGAGCAAGGCGGUGGAAAAGACGACGACCAUGUACAAGAACAAGGUGGACUUGCUGGCAAAAGAAAUUGUAAGUCAACAGGGACAAGCCUUGUACGAGACGAGUCUUCCGGGCAAGUACACCGAGCUGAUGGCCAAGUUCAAAAGCAUCAAGGACCCCAAAGAACUUCGACGAAUAUUACAAGCAGCGCGUCGCCAACUAAGAAAAGCUCACAAACAAAUCGUAAUUUACGAAGCGGAUUACACAGAGUUUUAGUCUCGUUUCCACCCUUCCUGCGUGUGUGGGCAUCAACAACAAAACUUUCUCAGAUCCUGCUGUCAAAUCAAACAUUCUCAAUUUUGUAAUUAGACUGCAAAAUCUUUAACGCUUUACUGAACGCGAAACUGAACAAUUUUACAAUAUAAAUGUCACACAUUAAAGCAGAAAUACGAAUAAAGUCGGACUAAUAACAAUUAA